AUGCUGGUCAGUUUCCUGCUAUUCUGGCUCGCCAAUCUCGUUUCUGCUUCUAAUUCAGCAGAAGUUGCCUUUGUCAACUUUUCAAAGGAAGAGGUCGUCGUAUACUGGAAGAAUGAAAAGAAGGAGAAUGAUCUGGUCAAGGUGGGCAGUUUGAUGCCAUAUGAAAGCUUUCAUUUGGAAUCCUUCACUGGUCACGUAUUUGUCUAUGAAACCAAAGAUACAAAGGGCACACUUGCUGUGGAAGAAGAAACCCAUUUCUUUGCACUAGGUCCAGCGGAACUAUUGGUGCAGUGCUCGACAACAGAAGGAGAUAUUCAUGCCCAUAUCAUGCCCGAAUGGUCCCCAUUGGGUGCUGCUCGAUUCCUGCAGUUGGUGGACAUUGGCUUUUUUUAUGGAUGUGCUUUGAAUCGUGUCGUCCCACAAUUCCUGACACAAUUUGGAAUCAGUGCCAGCUAUGACAUGCGUACAGCCUGGAGAAUGGAAUCAAUAAAGGACGACCCGCCAGUGGACGUUCCAUUUCGACCGGGGUACAUGUCUUAUGCUGGGUCUGGAGACAAUUCUAGAUCUACUGAAGUAUUCAUUGUCAUGCCCGGUACUGCACAACAUCAGCUACAGCAUUUCGGUACCAACUCUUGGGAGACACCCUUUGGAUAUGUUGAAGAAGAGGAUCUCACAACAGUAUCCAACUGGUAUGCCUACGGGGAUAUGCCUCCUUGGGGUGAAGGCCCCGAUCCACAAAUAAUUUACAGGGAGGAUGGUUACGAAUACUUGAAAGACGAAUUUCCUAACAUGAGCUACAUUCAAACUUGCAAGAUAGUAGGCCCUGUCUUGGGUGAGGCGGAAGAGGAGCUGGAGAGGGGCCCUCUUAAUCCCAAGACCAUGCACAUCCAAGAAAUCGUGAUCGACGGCUUCAAGUCGUAUGCACAUCGAACUGUAGUCGAAGGGUUCGAUCCACAAUUCAAUGCUAUCACUGGUCUCAAUGGAUCAGGAAAGUCCAAUAUUCUUGAUUCCAUUUGCUUCGUCCUGGGAAUUACAAAUCUUAGUCAAGUUCGAGCCGGAAACCUGUCCGAGCUGGUGUACAAACAAGGACAAGCUGGUGUCAACAGAGCCAGUGUGACAAUCAUUUUCAACAACGAAGAUGAAGCUGGAAGCCCCGUUGGAUACGAGCAAUGCUCUGAAAUUACUGUAACGCGGCAAGUGCUCCUAGGUGGAAAGAGUAAAUACUCUAUCAAUGGAAGAAACUCCUCCGCUGGACAAGUGCAAAACUUGUUUCAUUCUGUUCAACUGAAUGUGAACAAUCCUCACUUUUUGAUCAUGCAAGGACGAAUUACCAAGGUCCUGAACAUGAAGCCCAUUGAAAUUCUCGGUAUGGUAGAGGAAGCGGCUGGAACAAGAAUGUAUGAAACAAAACGUGUUGCAGCAAUCAAGACCAUUGACAAGAAGCAAGCAAAGGUCGAUGAAUUGAACGCUGUCUUGUCCGAAGAAAUUACCCCUACACUUGAGAGACUCCGUGGUGAAAAGCACAGCUACCUAAAGUGGAGCAAGAACAACGCGGACAUUGAACGUAUCGAGAGAUUUGUGAUUGCAAGCAACUUUAUGGAUGCUCAAGAAGCUCUAGACUGCAACAAGGAAGGAUCCGACGAAAUGGAAGUGCAAGUAACAGCCCUCGAAGAGAAAGCUAAAGAAUACGAAAGUCAGAUCGCUGAGAAAGAAGAAGAAGCUAGCGAUCUUUCGUCUAGAUUGAAGGGUGAAUUUGAUGAUUCCCACAAGUCCUUGAAACAAGAAGAAGAGAAGCGUUCGAAGGAGCUCGUGAAGGUUAUAUCAUCUUGGAAGAACAAGAAAGAACUUACAAAGAAUGCAGAAAGUGAUCUCGAGGCAGCGAAGAAACUGGUUGAAGAGACCCAGCAAGCUCUUCAACAAAAGAAAAACGAAUUUGCAGCAGAAUCAAAUAGCAUUGAGACAAGAUUGAAUGCCAAGAAGGAAGCAGAAGCUGAAUUAGAACGGCUGACUUCUGAUUUCCAAAGCAUGUCUGCUGGGCUCACAUGUUCGCAAGGUGACGACGGUAUGACUCUUCCAGAUCAGAUUGCAAAGGCUCACAGCGACUCCAAGACAGCAGAAGCAAAGGUCAAACAAGCCACAAUGAAAAUGAAGCACCUGACCAAAGAACUUGGCACUGUUGAGAAGAAUCUGAAGAAGGAACAGAAGUCUGCAAGCGACUUGAACGCGAAGCGUGACAGUGCUGUGGAAAAGGAAGAAACCUUGAGCGCUGCAGUCUCAAACCUUGAGUUUGACGAAGAAGAAUUCUCGUCGUUGGAACAAGAAAAGGAUCAACUUUCUGCUAAUGUAGCUGAAUGGUCUGAUAUUGUUGAAGUCCUAUCAGCAAAGCUUGGGAAUCGCCUUGCUUUCCGCUAUGCAGAUCCAGUUCGUGGUUUUGAUCGAUCAAAAGUCAAAGGAAUUGUUGCCAAUUUGAUCAAAGUGAACAGAGCGGUCCAUUCUACGGCUCUUGAAGUUGUUGCCGGCGGAAAGCUUUACCAAGUCGUUGUUGACGAAGCGAUCACUGGGAAAGCUAUUCUCGAUCGUGGAAAGUUAGAACGUCGCGUUACUAUCAUUCCAUUGGACAAGAUUCGACCACGAAAGGUCACUGACGCUGCGGCACGAAGAGCUGCUGACAUUGCGCAAUCACUGAAGACUGAAGCAUGGCCAGCAAUUGAAUUGGUUGGGUACGAUGAGGAAGUACGUGCUGCGAUGGAAUACGUCUUCGGAUCUUCAAUUAUAGUUGAUGGCUCCAAAGCUGCAAACCAAAUCUGUGACUCUACCAAGACACGAACAGUUACUCUGGACGGAGACGUAUACGAUCCAUCUGGUACCAUUUCUGGGGGAUCAAAAGACAAUCUUGGCACAACACUCUCAGAACUUACGAAACUUGCCGAAAUAUCCUCCAAGCUUGAAGAGGGACAAGUGAGACUUUCGGAAGUACGAAAGAAGUUGGAUGUCUUGAAAAAGAAGUCUGCUGACUAUGAUAAACUCAAGGGAAAAUUAGAGAUUGCUCAAGCCGAGCUUGGGGCAAUUCAAAAACAUCUUUCUCAAACAUCAUAUGGGGUUCUGGAAGAGAAAUUCAACGCAAUGACUGAAGAAAUGAAGGAAACUGAAAAGCAGUUCGAAAAAAUGCAGAAGGAGCAAGCUUCAAAAUGGGAUCUCUACCACGAACUCAAAGAAAGAGAAGGGGAACUGACUCAAGAGCGAGAAAAUAGGCUUGGGCAGAUCGAAAAUGAUGUUCAGGAGGCUAAGAAGCGAGUCGUAGAUACUGACAAAUCUGCACGCCAGGCGCAGUCAACUUUGCAAACGCUUACACUUGAGCUAGAUGGUCUCAAAACUGAAGUUUUAACAGCUGAAGAAUCGGUAGACAGUUCCAAGCGCGCACUUGAAGCCGCUAACACUGAAGAAGAUAAUAUGCAGAUGAAAGUUGGUGAAGUCAAGGCCUCGUACGAUGAUGCCAAGACUGCUCUGUACAACUUUGAGAAUCGUCUCGUCGAGGUUUCUUCUCAGCUUGCUGAAUUGAAACAUGUGAAAUCAUCCCUAAAGAAGAAAGCCGACGACUGCACUCUGCAAGCCAAGAAAAUCUCAGUUACAAUCUCUCGGAUUCAAAAGGAAAGAGCCAGUGCCGAGAAGUUGGUUGCAGAUUUGUUGAAGAAUAAUAUAUGGAUUGAAAGUGAAAGAAGCGCAUUCGGAGUUGAAGGGGGAGAUUAUGACUUCACUGCUACGGAUCCUUCGGAAAUGAGCAAACAACUUCAGUCCUUGAAAUCCGAACAAGAAGCUUUGAGCAAGAAGAUCAACAAGAAAGUUAUGGGAAUGAUUGAGAAGGCUGAAGGAGAGUAUACAGAGCUUUUGAGAAAGCGAAAGGUAGUCGAGAAUGAUAAGAAGAAGAUCAAGAGUGUAAUCGAAGAACUCGAUGUCAAAAAGAAGUCUGAGCUUGAGAGAACAUGGAAAAAGGUAAACAAGGACUUUGGUUCAAUCUUCAGCACCAUUCUUCCCGGAGCAUCAGCAAAGCUAGAACCGCCUGAAGGGAUGCAAGCGUGGGAAGGUCUAGAAGUCAAGGUUGGAUUCGGUGAUGUUUGGAAGGAAAGUCUUAGUGAAUUGAGUGGUGGGCAGCGAUCUCUUCUGGCGUUGUCCUUGAUAUUAUCGCUGCUUCUCUUCAAGCCCGCACCAAUGUAUAUUCUUGAUGAAGUUGAUGCAGCUCUUGACUUGAGUCAUACUCAGAACAUCGGAAAUAUGCUCAAGACACACUUUUCACAGAGUCAAUUCAUUGUUGUUUCCUUGAAGGAGGGAAUGUUCAACAAUGCCAAUGUCAUCUUCCGCACAAAGUUCGUAGAUGGGGUAUCGACAGUCGCAAGAACGAUUGGUACGGGAUCUUCAAAGCCAAGAACAUUGACUCAAUCAGCCGAGAAUGAGACAGAGACUCAGCAAACAACAUCCAGAAAGCGAGUAGCUCGGGCUGGGAAUCGUUCUAGGGGAAAAGAGAACUCCAUGGCAUAG